AUGGUCCAUCUGAAGAAGGAGAGGCUCCCUGCAGGUAAACACACCAAGUUUCUCAUGAAGAAGAUUGGGCCUUGCGAAGUGCUCAAGAAAUGUGGAGAGAAUGCUUACAAAAUCAGUCUUCCAGAUGGCAUUGCCUUGUCACCUAUCUUCAAUGUUUCAGACUUGUAUCCUUAUAAAGGAUCUAAUCCUCAGAUUACUGUAGAUGAACACCAAACUGAUCAGACACUUCAGGACCUGAUCCCUUCAUCUCCCAAUCAGAUUGAGUGCAUUUUGGAUACCCGGGUGACAAAACAAACUAGGAGGCAUACAUAUUAUGAUUAUUUGGUGAAGUGGCUCAACAAACCUCAGGAGGAUGCCACUUGGCUGAGUAGGGCAGACAUUGAGAAAGCAGGUUUCACAUUUGACAGCAUUCCUAACUCAAGAGACUUGAGUUCAGUUUGA